AUGGGCAACCGUAUCGUGGUUAGAAAGGAGCCAUCACAAGGAGUUCCUUUCAAAUAUUUGUUUGGCGAGCAGGAAGUCAAUGCGCAAGAUCAUGGUUUGAAGAAAGUUGAGUUUGACCCCAAGCCCUUCGACGGUGGCAAAUUUCGGCUUGCUUACAAGGGCAAAGUUUUUUGCAAAGAGGAACCGUCUAGCACUUUGAACAGGGCUCGAUUCUUGAAUUGUUGGACUAUGCGUCGAGAUGCUGACAGGCCAUAUUUCCCCUGCAUUGUCAAGCAGUUCAGGCGAAGUCACGCGCAGUAUGCAAAGGAGUGGGACAAGGAUCUGACGGUCCUCAACAAAGCCCAGGAUCUGGCCAGAAAGUUCAACAAGGAUGUCAGACCACCUGUCAAAAUCCAAUUCGCAGGCGCCUUCCUGUAUCAAGUUUAUCAGCCAGGAGCAGAGUACGAGCAAUCGGGUUUUUUCUGGCCUCGGCUGGAGAAGAUAGCAGAUGCAUCUGUCCAGAAGGCAGAGAAGGUUUGCGUGGAACCACAUUUCGAAGGGAAGUUUGUGAAAGCAAACUGCAACAAUGGAUAUGUUGGCCAGUUUGUGGAUCCGAGCUUAGGUGAAUUGUCCUUUCACCGCACAGCACAGGCCUUCUCCCACUGGACAUGGACAGUGACGGAGGGCGCACUCUUGGUAUGCGACUUGCAGGGUGUUAUGAAAGAAGGUGACUGGCAAUUCACUGAUCCUGCAAUACAUGACGCUGCUGGCACACAACUCUACGGGUUAACAGACCUAGGUCCUCGGGGUAUCAAUGCGUUCUUCCGCACGCACACAUGCAACCACAUUUGCCAGCACAUGAAGAAGCCGGAUGCGGUGAUUGAUAUCGGACUGCCGGCACCAAUUGCCCACGUGGGUAGUACGACAUUUUCUUUCGAGCUUGUACAGGUUUCAUCGGCAGUUCAUGAUCAGCAGGACUUUGCUGACAUUCUGGACCAUGCACAUCGUGGAACAUGUUAUGCACAGGCAGUCGCAACCCUGGUUCGUCAUGCUGAGCGUCGGAUUGUAGGCCGUAACGUAGAACCACAUCAUGUGAUUGCUGAUGCCAUUGUCAAGAAGCAUGGCACCAAAGGAGGUUGCGUGGAGCCUGUUCUGAAUCAAGUCUGCCCACCCAGACGUUUGCGCUGGCGCGAAGUGAGAGCAGACGAUGCUGCGAGGUGUUUGCAACUUGGAAGGGCUGUGCUAUGCGGCUUCCACCUCUCUGACAAGCAAUGGCACAGUUUUUCUGAAUUUUUUCGGAGGUUUCCAUCGGAGGUCCUGGGUGAACUGCCAGACCCCAGCAAAGACGUUCUGUCUGGUCAUGGUUGCGUACUUAUUGGCCAGGACCCAAGCAUGUGGAAGGCUAAAAACAGCUGGGGAGAUGAUUUCGGAGACGGUGGUUAUUUCAGGAUCUCGAAAAAAUUGCUUGAGCAGAUGCAAGCUCGUUUUUUUGACAUCUUCUUCGUGGAGGAGGACUUGUCGGCAGAAGACCGCGAAGCCUACAAAAACUGGUGCCGCAACUCCCACCUCCAUACGGUGUCCACCUCAAGCUAG